CCUCCAGCUGUAUUCUGUGGACAACAGGUGUCUGCUGGUAAGUGGCCCUGGAUGGCGAGCUUGCAGAAGCGUGGCCAGCAUGUGUGUGGAGGGACACUAGUGUCUGAGAGCUCUGUGCUGACCAACACUGACUGCUUCUCAGGCUCCCUUGAUGUGUCUGAGUGGACAGUCGUGUUGGGUCGUCUAAAGCAGAACGGGUCUAACCAAUUUGAGGAGUCGUUGAAUGUGGUAAAUAUCUCUAUGAGCAACCUGACAGGGAACAAUAUCGCAGUGCUUAAGCUGUCAUCCAAACCCACCCUGCACAACUACAUCCAGCCCAUCUGCCUGGACAACAAAAGAACAUUCCCAGUGGGAUCAGUAUGUUGGGCUGCUGGCUGGAGCUCUGGAAGAGGAGGAGAGGAGCAGGCUCUGCAGCAGUUCAAGGCGACAGUGGUAGAUUGUGGGAAUGCAGCAACAACUGACAGCAUAUGCACAGCAACUUUUACUCUGGAGCAGGUACAAGGCAAUAUCUGUCACCCAUCUGAGGGUUAUGGAGAGUUUUGA